AUGGAGCCGGGCUCGCCGGCUAGAGCGACGGCUAUGGCGCCGCUCUUGGAAUACGAGCGGCAGCUGGUGCUGGAACUGUUGGACGCCGACGGACUGGUAGUGUGCGCCCGCGGGCUCGGCGCGGACCGGCUCCUCUAUCACUUCCUCCGGCUGCACUGCCACCCGGCGUGCCUCGUGCUGGUGCUCAACACGCAGCCGGCCGAGGAGGAGUAUUUUAUCAAUCAGCUGAAGAUAGAAGGAGUUGAACAUCUCCCUCGGCGAGUAACAAAUGAAAUCACAAGUAGCAAUCGCUAUGAAGUAUACACACAAGGCGGUGUGAUAUUUGCAACAAGCCGAAUACUUGUGGUUGAUUUCCUGACUGAUAGAAUACCUUCAGAUUUAAUUACCGGUGCUGGACAAAGCACUCACUUUGAGUGCGUCUGUGCGUCACCAGCUGGCUGGGAGUGCCGGUUGCUGUGUGACCUUGAGCAGACAAUUCGCCAUUACUUAGAUCCUUUGUGGCACCAGCUUGGAGCCAAGACUAAAUCCUUGGUUCAGGAUUUGAAGAUAUUACGAACCCUGCUGCAGUAUCUCUCUCAGUAUGAUUGUAUCACAUUUCUUAAUCUUCUGGAAUCUCUCAGAGCAACAGAGAAGGCAUUCGGUCAGAAUUCAGGUUGGCUCUUUCUUGACUCCAGCACCUCAAUGUUUGUAAAUGCUCGAGCAAGGGUUUAUCAUGUUCCAGAGGCAAAAAUGAGUAAAAGAAGCAAACUGCCUGAAAACCUGGAGAUUAAAGAAGAACAAGAAACAAAAAAGGAACUGGUCCUAGAAAGCAACCCAAAGUGGGCAGCACUCACAGAAGUUUUGAAGGAAAUUGAGGCAGAGAAUAAGGAGAGUGAAGUCCUUGGUGGUCCAGGACAAGUUCUCAUUUGCGCAAGUGAUGACAGGACGUGUUCCCAGCUGCGAGAGUACCUCAUUGUCGGAGCAGAGGUCUUCUUGUUGAGGCUGUACAGAAAAACCUUUGAGAAGGACAGCAAAGCCGAAGAUGUAUGGAUGAGAUUAAGGAAGGAAGAUGACUCGAAGAGAAUCGUGAAAUCCAACAAGAGGCCCAAAGACCUCCGAGACAAAGACAGGCCCCCUGCCAAAGAGAAGGCCCUCAGAAAGAAGAAACCAAGGUUGACUUUAACUCAGAUGAUGGGAAGAACUGAAGAACUAGAGGGGGAGGCAGGUGUUGAGGAGGGCAGCCCAAGAGAGCUGACCAGUAGCCCGGAGAGCUGCACAGGAGACAGUAAGCAGGAGGAGUCUGAUGUGAACCUGUCCUCCGAUACCGCCUACGGGAUUCUGAAAGACCCCCUUACCAUCAUCCACCCGCUCCUAGGCUGCAGUGAUCCCUACGCUCUGACACGCGUGCUCCACGAGGUGGAGCCGAGAUACGUGGUCUUGUAUGAUGCAGAGCUGACCUUCGUGCGUCAGCUUGAAAUUUACAGGGCGUCUCGGCCCGGGAAGCCUCUCAGGGUUUACUUUCUUAUAUAUGGAGGGUCAACGGAGGAACAGCGCUAUCUCACUGCUUUGCGGAAAGAAAAGGAAGCUUUUGAAAAGCUCAUAAGGGAAAAGGCUAGCAUGGUCAUCCCUGAAGAAAGAGAAGGCAGAGACGAAACGAACCUCGACCUUGUGAGAGGCUGCGUGUCUGCUAGUGCUCCCACCGACACGCGAAAAGCCGGCGGCCAGGAGCAGAACGGUAGCCAGCAGAGCAUCGUCGUGGACAUGCGGGAGUUUCGAAGUGAGCUGCCCUCUCUGAUCCACCGCCGGGGCAUCGACAUCGAGCCGGUGACCCUGGAGGUUGGAGACUACAUCCUGACUCCGGAAAUGUGCGUGGAGCGGAAGAGCAUCAGUGAUCUGAUUGGCUCCUUGAACAACGGCCGCCUUUACAGCCAGUGCAUCUCCAUGUCCCGCUACUACAAGCGGCCGGUGCUUCUCAUCGAGUUCGACCCCACCAAGCCGUUCUCCCUCAUGUCCCGCGGCGCCCUCCACCAGGAGAUCUCGGGCAACGACGUCAGCUCCAAGCUCACCCUCCUCACGCUGCACUUCCCGCGGCUGCGGAUCCUCUGGUGCCCCUCCCCGCACGCCACCGCCGAGCUGUUCGAGGAGCUGAAGCAGAACAAGCCGCAGCCGGACGCCAGCACCGCCAUGGCAGUGACCGCCGACUCCGAGACCCUCCCCGAGGCGGAGAAGUACAACCCCGGGCCCCAGGACUUCUUGUUAAAAAUGCCGGGGAUAAACGCCAAAAACUGCCGCUCCUUGAUGAACCACGUGAAGAACAUCGCUGAGUUAGCAAGCCUGCCCUUCGACCAGCUAGCGAGCCUGCUGGGGAACACGGGCAGUGCGCGGCAGCUCUAUGACUUCAUUCACACCUCCUAUGCAGAGGUCCUGUCCAGAGGGAGAGUGAGAAAGUGAGCCGCGCUGCCCGUUUUCUUGUCCCCUGGCUGCUUCUGAGCUGCUCUUUGCUGGCCCUCACAGAUCUUUAUUAGCCCAGUAGCUCAUUCUCUUGGGAUUCCCAGGUGCCUCAGUGGUAAAGAACCUGCCUGUCAGUGCAGGAGACGUAGGUUCGAUCCUG